GAACAGAUAUGGGAUCAAAGUGCAAUGGAUCUUUGACACACAGCUUGCUGCACGGCAUGAAAAACUGAUACACAGUCAAUUUUAGCUAUGUAUUUAGUAAGCUUACAAACUCAUCUAGUCAUGGAAGUGCCGCUCAUCUGAUCCACAUUCUUCAUUAAUCCUCUCUCCUUCCCUUCCCAUGGCUUUACCACCCAGGGAUUUAAAUUGCGGUUACGGCCGCGGUCGCGUUUUCGGUUUCGUUGCGUUUAUCACGGUUGCGGACAUAACGAAUGCUAUUGCGGCCAUUGCAGGUAUCGUGUUCAUGAAUUUUUCACAUAAAUUAUUGUAAAACAAUAAUAGCAGUUUCGGCGGUAGCGGUUUCGGACACUGCCGUUACCGCUGUAUAACGGCCGUUAUAGCGGUAGCAGACCGCUAUUUAAAUCCCUGUUACCACCCCUCUUCCAUUGCUUCCAAAUGCGAACUCAUCUGAAUCAACUUCACACAUUGGAAUAUCAGCCCUACCACCUCAUCCGGCGGCUAUGACUCCGGAGUCCACAUCCCAUCGGCUAAAACUUCCUCCUUAAAACCCAUGGGGUUUGCGGUGACAGGACUGAAAGUGGGGGAAAUUGGUCAGGUAUUGUAGAUUUGGAGCCCCGCAAACCACUUUGGGUCAGUAACAAUCUGACAACACUCAUUCAACAAUCUGUAUAUGUUUUGAAAAUGACUGCUUUUUUUCUCCUCCCCAGCUAUUGACUGACGGCUUAGCAAAUUUUAACAGUAGGGAAAGAAUAAAAGAUGGAUAACAUGUCUGCUUUAUGGGUGUUUUUGCAUCAGAUUAUUUGUCUGCAACAAAUAAAAUCUAUUUGAUCUCACAAAAUGAAAAAAAAACUCACAGAGAAAAUCAGUGAAUGUACCGCAUUUUGUUAUAGUUUCAACCAUAGCCGUAUGUAUGCCAAUCUUAAAUUUCUUCAAAUUUUUUUGAGCAAGACGAUGUGUUUGGUUGGCUGUAAAUUCAGAAUUUGAAGCAAAAAGGAUUAAAUUCAUAGACAUUUUAAUCAACAUGAAGAUGUCACUUCACGUCAGUAUUUGUACGAAUGAUCAUCUUGAUGCCAUUGAAGAGAUUUUCUACAGUUUUCUUCUUUCUUUGAGAAUUUCUCUGGAUUCUUAGGUGUGAUGAAAUUUGGUAUGCCCUUAAAUGACUUUAAAAUUAUAUUUAAAAGAAUUAACUUAUUUCUUUCAUUUUGCAUUGAUCUUUCUUUCUUACUUUUCUACUUCCUUAUUAUUGGUUGGCGGUUUGAAAAUUUGAGAGAAAAGGAGGAGGAAAUUUCUUUCUUUUCAAUUAAAGUGCUCUUGAAAAUUUUGGACCCAACUAAAUCAAUUGAUGAUAUAUCAUAAAAUUAUAGAUUUUCUAAAUCAGUAAGUAGUCGUUUAAAUUGAUGGCUAUAGUCGACGGAGGGCCAAACAGGAACUGCCCUGAAAUUUCCAAUUAAUUAGUGUCAACUGUCAUCAUAAAUAAUUCCAUGCAGAUGCAGAUACGACACCGGGGGCUGCAAUAAUUUCAUGGACUCUUCUUUUCAUAAUUCCACCAUGUCUGUAAUUGGAGAGGCUGCUCUUUCUGGGUUUUUGGAGCUGUUGUGGGGCAGGUUGCUUGAUUCUGCACUCAACUUUGUUGCUGAUCACAAGCAAGUCCAACAGCAGCUCAAGCAAUGGCAAUCCAUAUUACCUGAUAUCCAAGCAGUGUUGAACGAUGCAGAGGAGAAGCAGAUCAGGAACAAGGGUGUAAGGAAUUGGUUGGAAGAUCUCCAAGACUUGGCUUAUGAUAUGGAUGACAUCUUGGACGAGUUCGCUUAUGAAGAGUUACGUCUUGCACUCCUUAAAACUCAAGCUCAAGCCUGCAUUAGUAAGGUACGGAAACUCGUUCCUACCUGCUGUACUAGUAGUAAUUUCUCUCCAACUUCCUUUUUGUUUAACAAUUCCAUGAUUCCCAAGAUGAAAGAGAUAACUGCUAGACUGGAUAGUUUGACUACACGAAGAAGUAGUUUGGGGUUAAGUGAGAUCUUGUCUCAAGGUGCUACCUCCAAGGGAAAGAAACCUAGGUUGCAACCAACUUCUGUAGUGGAUGAAGCUGUGGAGUAUGUUGGUAGGGACAAUGAGAAGCGAAAAAUGCUUGAUUUGCUCAAAAGUAAUAACUCCAAUGGAGUUUUUGUCCUUUCCAUUGUUGGCAUGGGAGGGAUGGGCAAAACAACUCUUGCUCAGCUUGUUUAUAAUGAUGCCAGCAUAAAGGAGUCUUUUGAUCACAAGGCUUGGGUAUGUGUUUCUGAUGAAUUUGAUGCAGUUAAUAUAACUAAGACAAUUUUACAGUCCAUCACUUCUGAGCCAUGCACUUACAAUGACCUGAAUUUACUUCAAGUCAAGUUGAAGGAGAAGUUGUCAGGAAAAAAGUUCUUGCUUGUUUUAGAUGACAUUUGGAACGAGAGUUACGAAGAUUGGACCAUCUUACGAUCUCCGUUUGGAGCAGGGACCAAGAUUAUUGUAACAACUCGCAUUCAAAAUGUUUCAUCUAAUGUGGAUCCAGUGAAAGCUUUUCACUUGGAUAAAUUAUCACAUGAUGAUUGUUUGUCCAUAUUUACUCAGCAUGCAUUAAAAGCACGAAAUUUCAAUGGGCAUCUUCAAUUUAAAAAAGUUGGAGAGAACAUAGUGAGAAGGUGCAACGGCUUACCUUUGGCAGCAAAAGCCAUUGGAAGCCUACUACGCACUGUUAAAGAUCUUGGUGAAUGGGAAAAAAUAUAUGAGAGCGAGAUAUGGGACUUACCAGAAGAUCAAUGUGGCAUAAUUCCAGCAUUGCGGUUAAGCUACCAUCAUCUUCCUCCGCAUUUGAAACGGUGCUUUGCAUAUUGCUCCAUAUUUCCAAAAGAUUAUGAAUUUCAGAAAGAAGAAAUAAUCUUGUUAUGGAGAGCUGAAGGUUUCUUGCAACUAAAUGCAAAAGGUCAACUUAAAGAUCCUGGAAACCAAUAUUUUCAAGAUCUAGUGUCAAGGUCAUUUUUUCAGAUAUCUAGUAAAGAUAAAUCCCGAUUCAUAAUGCAUCACCUUAUAAAUGACUUAGCCCAAUCAGUUGCAGGGGAAAUAUGCUGCAAAUUGGAGGAUGAUAAGCAACAAAUGUUCUCAAAUCGCACUCGACAUUCUUCUUUUAUUGUCAGCAGGUAUGAGAUGGCGAAGAAGUUUGAAGCAUUUGAUAAAGCAGAUUCUUUACGUACUCUUUUAGCCUUAAUGUCUCCAAGUUUUCCAGGAUUCUUUUUAACUAAUGUUGUCCUGGUUGAUUUGUUACCAAGACUUGGCUACCUUAGGUUGCUUUCUUUGAGUGGGUAUAAGAUCAUUGAGUUGCCUGAUGUUUUUGAAAAUUUAAAACAUCUCCGCUACUUAAAUUUUUCUUACACUGAGAUCAAAUGUUUACCUGAUUCUUUGUGUACUCUUUACUAUUUGGAAACUUUAAUAUUAAGAGGAUGUGGCUGCCUCCAACAGUUGCCUUCGAAGAUGGAAAAUCUUGUUAACUUGCAUUAUCUUGAUAUAAGAGGUGCAAAAUUAAUUGAAAGGAUGCCUUUUGGAAUUGGUAAGCUAACCAAUCUUCAAAGGUUAUCUAAUUUUGUUAUAGGGAAAGGUAAUGGACACUACAUUGGAGAAUUGAAAAAUUUGCCAAACCUCAAAGGUGAUUUUUGCAUUUCUAGGUUGGAGAAUGUUAAUGGUCAACAUGCAGGGGAAGUUAAGUUAAAUGAGAAACUGGGAAUUGAUAGAUUGGUACUACAAUGGAGUAGUAACUUUGAGAAAGAUGCAAGAAAUAAAGAAGUUGAAGAACGAGUCUUAGAUUCUCUUCGUCCUCAGAAAAAGCUUGAACAACUCAACAUUGACAAUUAUGGUGGUGCAAAAUUCUCUUCUUGGAUAGCAGAUUCUUCUUUUAAGAAUAUGUUGUCAUUGGAGCUUUGCAACUGUAAAAGUUGCAAAUCACUACCAUCAAUUGGAUUGUUGCCGUUAUUAAAAGAUUUGUCUAUUAUUGGCUUCGAUGAGGUACAAAUGGUUGGUGCUGAGUUCUUUGGAGAAAAUCAACUGAAACCAUUUGUAUCAUUAGAGAAUCUGCAUUUUCAAAGACUGCCAAACUGGAAAGAGUGGGACCCGUGUGAAGGUGAAGAGCAAGUUUCGAAAUUUCCCAACCUUCGUGAGCUUUCAAUAAGAGAAUGUCCUCAAUUGUUGGAAAAGUUACCAACUCGUCUUCCAUCCUUGCUAAAACUUCAAAUCUAUGAGUGCCCAAGAUUGACAGUUUCAAUUUCAAGUUUCCUAUCACUGUGCGAGUUAAGCGUCAGAGGGUGUGAAGAAUUGUUGGAUGAAUGCUCUUUUUCUGCAAAGGAGGUUAUCUCUUUGAAAACUGUGUCUCUCUCAGACAUUUCAAAGUUCAACAUUUCAACAAAGAUGAAAAUGUUGAGGUUUGCAAGCUCAGAACAUUUUCACAUCCCUGGUUGGAAGGAGUUGGAAUCUUUAUCACAAAAUGGGUUAGGGUUGGUUGGGCAUCAUUUCAUUACAAUUAAGGAUUGUCCCCAGUUGGUCUCUUUGGAAACAGAUGAGGAAGGAUUGAAACUUGACAAAAUUCCGAGUGUUGAGUCUCUGACAAUAUGGAAUUGUAAAAGGCUCAAUAGGCUACCAAAAUUCUUAGAUGCACUCUCAUUCCUUACAGUAGUAAGUAUUUAUGGGUGUCCAGGCUUGAUUUCUUUUGCAGAGAACAAUUUUCCCCCUGCUUUAAAUAAGUUGGAGAUUUGGGAGUGCGAGAAUUUGCAAAUUUUAGUUGAUGAAAAAGAAAAUAAUAAGAGUAUGAGUAGUAACAUUUGUCUUCUUGAGCACUUGGACAUCAGAUACUGCGAGUCUCUAAUAUGUUUGUCAUCAAGGGGUGAUAUAUGCAAUCGGCUUCAACAUCUCCAAGUUUACAAUUGCUCAAGCCUGAGUAACUUAUUUUUAAACACUAAGUUACCCAUCAUGCUUAAACAGCUAGAAAUUUGGAAUUGUCCAAUGCUGGAAUGCAUAGCCCAAGACUUCCAUGAGACCAGUGAUCUCGAAUGUAUUAAAAUUUCAGGUGCUCAAAAUAUUAAAUCUUUACCAAGAGGAUUAGACAAGCUCAGCCAUCUCCAGGAGAUUCAAAUAGUGAAUUGUUCAAAUAUGGUGGUUUCUUUCAAGGAAAGCGAGUUGCCUACCACAAAUCUCAGAGUUUUCUCAAUUGAAGGUUGUGAAAAUUUUGGAACCCUUCCCGUGUGCAUCAACAACUUCACCUCUCUUCGAGAAUUAAUGGUGUGGAACUGUUCGGCUGACAUAUCCUUCCCAGAUGAAGGUUUCCCUACCGGCCUCACGUCACUUGCAAUCUCAAAUGCACCCAAAAUUUAUAGCUCACUUGUUGAAUGGGGGUUAACUCGACUCACCUCUCUUCAGCAACUCACCAUCGGCGGUGAAGGAUGCUCGAAUGUGGUGUCGUUUCCCGAAGAAGGAAUUGGAAUGAUGCUGCCUCCUUCUCUCACCUUUAUCUGCAUUGAAAAUUUCAAGAAUCUGGAAUUCAUGUACUCCAAGGGCUUUCAACAUAUUAACUCUCUUCAAAUAUUGAGCAUCCAUAAUUGUCCUAAGCUCACAUCUCUUCCAGAAAAAGACGUGCUUCUGUCACUUGAGCGGCUACACAUUUACGAGUGUCUGUUGCUAGAGAAAGUGAGUACAAGAGAUAAAGGACGAGAAUGGUCCAAGAUCGCCCACAUACCUUAUGUCAAUUUCAAAAUAAAGAAGUCAAGGCUAGAUUAUCAGUUGGAAAGAUAGAUAAGCAGCAAAAUCUGGCAUUGAGUUUCUCCAAACACAUACAACAGGCAUUUGAUGUCUUGGAAGCUGAAUGGGUGCGAAAAUGAGCUUGGAAUAACUGUUGCAAAAGACCCCAGAUAUUUCCUAAAAUGUGGUUCAAUAUCUUUAGAACUCGUGCUCCAACAACUUUGGUGAUGGUUAUUUGAUGCUUACUAGCAUAUCUUGUGCUAAAGUACCUCACUUUGGAACUCUAUAUGUGUUUCAAUGGCUGUCCUCUGUUAAAGUAGCAAUAAGAAAUGGGCAGUUGACAAUAUCAUGUGUGUCUUGUACAAAUAAUGUUGAUACUUGUCUUAAAAUUUCACCCAAACUUUCAUGUAUUGUAGGAAAUAUUCUUGAUCCAUGUAAAUUAUUGUGUUCUCUCUUUCUAUAGUUCAUUUGAAUAUUCUAUGUUCCAAAUCCCAACAAAUAACAAAUCACUUCAUUUUGUGAAUAAA